UGUCUAUAAAUAGCUGCUCUGCUACGAAACACAAACGUCAGUAUAAUCGCAAAAUCAAUCUAGUAAACAUAAACAAAAACACCGGCUUAAAUUAGCUAUUUAAAGCGUUAUUUUAAGCUGGACUUUGUGUAUUCGUAGCAUUUUAAAUGCAAUCAUACAUACGAGCAGUGCUUUCCCAACGCUAUACGCCAGCUCUUUUUACUUCACGCAAAUUGUUCGUGACCUUCGUUGCUGCUGUGAAUAUUUUAAACGCCACUGCAACGGGACAAGCAAAAACGUGUAGUAGCACCUUAACUACCAGUUGUAAAGACAUGAGUGACACUGCCACUGAAGAUUCCUAUACUGCCGGCAGCAGUUCGGUGGCAUUUGUAACAACACCAGAUGAUAAGUUAGCCAAAAAGCUAGCACAGGGUUUGGUGGAGAAGAAACUAGCCGCUUGCGUUAACAUAAUACCACACAUACAGUCAAUUUACAUGUGGGAGGGAAAAGUUAAUGAAGAUAACGAAUAUUUAAUGAUGAUCAAGACAAGAACGAGCCGCAUGGACGAAGUAAUCAAGUUUGUACGCGAGAACCAUUCUUACAGUGUCGCUGAGGUUAUAGCCUUGCCCAUUGAAGCAGGCAAUGCACCUUAUUUAAGUUGGAUUGCGCAAACUGUGCCAGAUAAGAAGUGAAAUGCAAAAAGGCCAUAAGAGGUGAACAGCAUACUUUGAAGCGCGUCGUCAAAUGUACAUACAUACAUACAUUAUAAAGAUUAACAAUAAAUUGAACUUAUUUAAAUAU